AUGAUCAUCGAGCCGGGGUCUGAAACCCUCCUCACCAACGGCAAAAUCUUCCAAGCUUCAUCCAGUGGAGGUGCAGGCAAAGAUCAACAGGCAACCUUCGCAUCCAGCCUCCUCAUCGGCGCAGACGGUAUAAUUCGUCACAUCGGCACCUCGAGCGGACAACAUGAAGAAGAGAUCAUUACCGCAGCCCGCGCUAACGGGGCAAAGGUGCACGACCUGCAAGGCAAGACCGUUCUUCCGGGCUUCUUCGAUGGUCACCUGCACCUUUUGCUGCUGGGAAUGUCCCUGCAGAAGGUCGACUUGGGCCCCUGCAAGAACUUGGACGACAUAAGGGAGACGAUCAAGGCCUAUGCAGAGUCUCACCAAGACGUCCCGAGAAUAAUGUGCAAAUCAUGGAUGCACACACAGACACCUGAUGGCGUCGAUCAUAGCCUGUUGGAUGACCUUGACCCCAGGCCUAUUUUCGUCGAUACCAAGGAUCUGCAUGGGUGCUGGUGCAACCAGGCGGCCAUCGAUGAACUGGACAAAGGUCUGGGUAUAGGUACCAUGCCAGAUCCACCGGGCGGCACAAUCCAUCGCGAUGCAGACGGAAAACCUACUGGGUUCUUUGAGGAGGCGGUGGUUUUUACCAUCAUCUGGCCUUUCAUCUCACGCAUCUCGACUGUCGAAGAGCGUGCCGCGGCGAUGGAAACGGCCAUCGAGGUGUACAACGCGGCCGGGUAUGUUGGGCUGAUCGAUAUGGCCAUGGACCAGAACAGCUGGGAGUCGCUGCUUGCCCUCAAGGCCCGCCGGCCGGAUCUUCCAAUGCGCAUUGCGGCGUACUGGCUGAUCCGCCCGGCGGAUGAGGAGGACUGUCUCAAGCAGGUGGACUAUGUGAUCGAAAUGGCGCAUAAGUACAACGCCACCACGUCUCCUGACCUGAAGGUGGUUGGUAUUAAACUCGUCUGUGAUGGAAUUGUGGAUGCAUGUACCGCGGCGCUCAGCGAGCCUUACACGCACACCGGAAGCAUGACUGACCCGGUCUGGACGAAGCCAAUGCUUCUCCCAGUUGUCCGAAAGGCAGAUCAGGCUGGUCUGCAGGUUGCGUUGCAUGCGAUUGGCGACCUGACAGUCAGAAAUGCCGUUGACACGAUCGAGGCCUGCGCCGCGCCCGAGCGCAGGCCACGCAUCGAGCACCUGGAAUUGACCUCACCAGACGACGCCGCCCGGCUGGGUAAGUUGGGAAUCACGGCGUCGGUGCAACCGGUGCACUCUGACCCUGCUAUCCUGAGGGCUUGGCCUAGGCUCAUCGGAGAGCAUCGAUGCGGGAGGGCGUUUGCAUACCGAGAGUUCGCAGACGGCGGCGCGAUGCUAGCUUUGGGAAGUGAUGCUCCUACUGCACCUCACAGUCUGCCCGCAAAUUGCUACGUCGCUACGAAUCGUCGAUCGGCAAGGGAGCCAGAGCUGGAGACAGUAGUCAAUGGCGAAUUCGCGCUUGGGCUGUGUGAGAGUGUUGUCGCCGGUACAGAGGGCUCAGCACGGAGUUGUUUCAUGGAAGAUGUGACGGGGAAGCUGGAGAAAGGAAUGAAGGCGGAUCUGGCCGUGCUUGACAUGCAGUGGGACAAGAAACAGAUGCUGAGCGCGCGGAUAACACAGACAUGGUUUGCAGGGAAGAAAGUGUUUGACGAGGAGGCGAACUGA